AUGAAAUCUGAGAGUUGUUUCUCUUCUUGUAAAAGGAAAGAUAAGAUGCGAGAAAUUAAGCAGGAUAUAAUUGAAAAGGGAAUAAGAAAUGGUGAAAUCAAGACUGGAAAAGGACUGAAUCAUGAGUCUUCUCUUCCAAGACCAGGAAGUACACGUUGGGGUUCUCAUUAUAAAAUGUUGUUGCGGUUAGUUGAGAUGUUUUCUUCUCUUCAAGAGUAUAAUGGUCACUUUAACGAGGCAAACUCUGAGUUACUCGUUUGCACAUCAACUUUAAGUCAUACUGCUUCAUUCUGUGAGUUUGAUAAAGAAAAGUUAUUGAGACUGGAUAAAUUCUAUCCUGAGGAUUUUAGUGUUGUGGAGUGCAUAUCACUUAAACAGCAACUUGACAUUUAUAUUGAUAGUGUACGAGGAUAUGAAAGGUUUGCUAAUUUGAAACAUCUUGGAGAUCUAUCGUGGUUAAUGGUAGAAACCAAGAAACUUCUUUCUCAAACUUUGGUGUACAGGCUUUUGAAGUUAUCUUUGAUUUUGCAUGUUGCUACUGCAACCGUUGAGAGAUGUUUUUCAGGAAUAAAGACCGUCAAGACAGUAUUACGAAAUCGCAUCUGUGAUCACAUCUCCGCCUCACGGAAACUACUAUUCCUGGGGAUCAGACAGAAGAUUCAUUCUGGCUAUGAAGUUAGGGUGUGGGAGGAUCCAUGGAUCCCAACAAGACCUGCUAGACCAGCUAUACCUGUAGCGCCUGUGAUGAACCCGAACAUGAGAGUUAGUGAUCUCAUUAACCAGGACUCGAAGGAAUGGGAGGAAGGGACGUUAGAGAACUAUGUCCAUCCUGGUGAUAUACCACUUAUUCGCAGUAUGGCCAUAAGCUCUACUCAUCGUCAGGAUUCUUUCUGCUGGGAAUACACGAGGAAUGGACAAUACACAGUUAAGUCUGGAUAUUGGGUUGCUCAAAAUCUGCUGAAGCUAGAUGAGGAAACGCUGAUACUGGAACCAAGUAUCACUAUACUUCAAGCCUUUGCUUGGAAGUUGAAAGCGCCUAGGAAGAUAUGUCAUUUAAUAUGGCAAGUGAUAACGGGUCAGGUGGCAGUAACGAGAAAUUUAGUAAGAAGAAAUAUGCGGUGUGAUAACUACUGCCCGAGGUGUGGGGAGGCAGAAGAAUCUGUAACUCAUGCUAUAUUUGAAUGCCCUCCUGCUCUGCAAGCAUGGUCUUUAUCGACAACUCCUACAAGCCCAGGCAUAUUUCCAGCGUCAAGUGUCUAUACAAACAUGGACUAUCUAUUCUGGAGAAAAAAGAAUAUCAUAGCUUCCAAGACAGGGAUCCUUAUCCCUGGAUAA